AUGGAUUUCACCAAACCAGAAACUGUUUUAAACUUACAAAAUAUUAGAGAUGAAUUAGUGAGAAUGGAAGAUUCGAUUAUCUUCAAGUUUAUUGAGAGAUCACAUUUUGCAACAUGUCCUUCAGUGUAUAAGGAAAACCAUCCAGGUUUGGAAAUACCAGAUUUCAAAGGUUCAUUUUUAGAUUGGGCCCUUUCGAAUCUCGAAAUUGCGCAUUCUCGAAUAAGAAGAUUUGAAUCUCCUGAUGAGACUCCCUUCUUCCCUGACAAGAUUCAAAAAUCAUUCUUACCGAGCAUCAACUACCCACAAAUUUUGGCGCCCUAUGCUCCAGAGGUCAAUUAUAACGAUAAGAUUAAAAGAGUUUACAUUGAAAAAAUCAUACCAUUAAUCUCGAAAAAUGAUGGUGAUGACAAGAACAACUUUGGUUCUGUUGCCACGAGGGAUAUAGAGUGUUUGCAAAGCUUGAGUAGAAGGAUUCAUUUUGGUAAAUUUGUUGCUGAAGCCAAGUUCCAAUCAGAUAUUCCGUUAUACACGAAACUGAUCAAUGAUAAGGAUGUCGAGGGAAUAAUGGAGAAUAUCACCAAUUCUGCCGUUGAAGAAAAAAUUUUAGAAAGAUUAACUAAGAAAGCUGAAGUCUACGGUGUGGAUCCCACUAAAAAGUCAGGUGAAAGAAGAAUUACUCCUGAAUACUUGGUAAAAAUUUACAAGGAAAUCGUUAUUCCUAUUACAAAAGAAGUUGAAGUGGAAUAUCUGCUGAGAAGAUUGGAAGAGUAA